AUGGUUUCGUUAGGGUUUGUUAAGCUCCUCUUGUGGGCAUUCGUCUUCACCACUGCUCGAGGUAGCAGUCUCUGGCCACCAUUGAACAGAACGCCUAUACGUUAUGAGUUCAGCCUCACGUGGGAGACGCAUUCUCCAGAUGGCUUCGCAAGGAAGAUGAUUCUCACCAACGGACAGUUUCCCGGCCCCUCUAUCGAGGUUACUCAAGGUGAUGAAGUUGAAGUCGCCGUCACAAAUCUUAUGCCCUUCAAUACUACGAUCCACUUUCAUGGCAUUGAUCAAGUCGGCACUCCAUGGUCUGAUGGAGUUCCUGGAGUCACCCAGAAACCAAUAUCGCCCGGUGCGACUUUUGUAUACAGAUGGACGGCUACCGACUACGGUACAUACUGGUACCAUGCCCAUGAGAGAGGACAGCUCGCUGAUGGAUUAUUCGGCGCAAUCCUGAUCAACCCACCUUCCUCUGAGCCCUCGGCAUUCAAGAUGAUUAGCAAUAGCAGUUACGACCUGGCUGCCAUGCGUAGAGCUGAGAAUCAUGCCAAGCCUCUGAUAAUAUCAGAUUGGAGCCAUCUCACGUCUGAAGAGUUCUGGAAUAUCGAAGCUGCCUCCGAUGUAGAUGUCACCUGCAUGGAUAGCAUUCUCGUCAAUGGGAAAGGCUCCGUUGCCUGUCUAUCACAAGAAGAGAUCAACAAGUAUACUCCUGCUGCGGCUCGGGAGAUCUUGACUCCACUUGGGUUGACCUUUACAGACAAAGGAUGCCUUCCCGCUGAUGUGCCAGUUGCUCAAGGAAAUUUCACGCAUCAGCUCAACGAGAUCCCUUACAACGUAUACAACGGUUGUCAGAAUACCUCAGCACCUCGUGAGGUAAUCAAGGUUGACCCAAAAGACGGAUGGGUAAGCAUCAAUAUAAUAAGUACAGCGGACGUCAGUACUCUGGAGGUUUCCAUUGACGAGCAUCCCAUGUGGAUUUACGCCACAGACGGUCGACACAUUGAACCCACUUUGGUCCAUGCUGUGUCCGUCCCAAAUGGAAACAGAUACUCGGCGUUGGUGAAGCUUGACAAAGCCCCUGGCGAUUAUACCAUCCGGGUUGCCACUGUCGGAUUGAACCAGGUCCUCAGCGGCUAUGCGACUCUAUCAUACACCGGCGCCAAAAAGUCAAAACGCCAAUCGACGCCAUACAUCGAUUACGCCGGCUCUAACCUGACUGAAGAGGUCGUCUUUUUCUCGGAUGCCACACAAAAAGGAUUUCCGGCAUCUUCGCCUGCCACUACCGCGGAUGCGACACACUUUUUUGAGAUUGGCCACUUUGGAGGGUCCUACCUCUGGACUCUUAAUGGAAAGGAGUCCUACGGUAUGGGCUUCGAGACUGCAACUCCCAUACUGUUCAACCCCAACUCGACCACACCGGAGGAACGCAACCUUACUAUUACGACUAAGAAUGGUACAUGGGUGGACCUUAUCUUCAAGAUAACCUCACUUCAACCUCCCCAUCCGGUUCAUAAGCACUCGAACAAAGGCUACAUCAUCGGUCAAGGGGUUGGCACAUUUAAUUACUCUUCCGUUGCAGAAGCGAUGCAGUACAUCCCCGAGGCAUUCAAUUUCAACAACCCGCCCCUGCGUGAUAGCUUCACAACACCUCCAGCCACCACUGAAGACUCGUGGUUAGCAGUAAGGUACCAGGUCGUCAAUCCAGGCCCAUUUUUGCUCCACUGCCAUGUCCAGACGCAUCUGUCGGGCGGUAUGGGUGCAAUAAUUCUUGAUGCACCGGAAGAUUGGCCUGCUGUCCCGAGCGAGUAUAGAUAUGGUAAUGGUUUGUUUUAGACUACUACUGUAAUAAUACUAAUAAUAAUACUAAUAAUACUUCCAUCACGAAC